GUUGUAAUUGCAUAAAAUAAGCAGUAUUUCUCUGCUCUUGGUUUCCUUUUUUUUUUUUUCACCCCUUAGUACAUGUCCUCCAUUGUUAGAGUCCAGAGCAACUGAUUUCGAGUACUGGCUUUUUUUUCCUAUUCGGAAAAAUAUUAUCGCGUUUUAUUUUUAAAGUCGAGCCUAUGUUGCUUAGAUUUUUCUUGAAGUACCCGUUUCUGGUCAUGGAUGGAGAAAGCAAGUACUGAAGAGGCACUAGAAUUACCAUCUCUGCCCCUACCACUGCCAACAAUACCAUCCAAUGUGAAGCUAGAGAGCUUGAAGCCUCCCAAGUAUUCUAUUGUCAGUAGGAGAGAAGUUGGGACGAGUGGACGAAAGAUAUCCCUGCUUGCCAACCACUUCAAAGUUUCUGUCAAUGCCCCAGAUGCUGUAUUUUACCAGUAUACUGUUACAGUUUUGUCAGAAGAUAGUAGAGUUGUUGAAAGCAAGAGGAUUGGGAGAAAACUUGUUGAUAAACUUUAUCAAACAUACUCUUCGGAACUUGCUGGAAAAAGAUUUGCCUAUGAUGGGGAAAAGAGUUUGUAUACAGUGGGUCCUUUGCCACAGAACAAGUUUGAAUUUACAAUAGUGCUAGAAGACUCAUUUGCAAAAUGGAGUCCUGAUGCUGAUGGAGGCCCUGCUGAGACUGGCAAGAGGACAAAGCGUUCUUUUCAGUCAAAGACUUACAAAGUGGAACUAAGCUAUUCUGCUAAGAUACCCUUGAAGUCAAUAUCUCUUGCCCUCAAAGGAGUUCAGUCAGAUGAUAGCACUCAGGAUGCUUUGAGAGUACUUGACAUCAUUCUAAGGCAGCAAGCUGCUGAUCGAGGUUGCCUUUUGGUGAGACAAUCAUUCUUUCAAGAUGAUUCAAGGAAUUAUGUUGAUUUGGGAGGAGGGGUAUUGGGUCUGCGGGGCUUCCAUUCCAGUUUUCGUCCCACUCAGGGGGGCUUGUCUUUGAAUAUGGAUGUAUCUACAACAAUGAUUUUAAGGCCUGGACCAGUAUUUGAGUUUCUAAAACAAAACCUGAAUCUAAAUGAUGAACGUUUCUGGCUGAAAGCCAGACGAAUGUUGAAGAAUAUGAGGAUUAAAACAAGACACCGUAACAUGGAAUUCAAAAUCACUGGUCUAAGUGAGAAGCCCUGUUGUGAGCUAUUCUUCCCAAUGAAAGUUAAAAAUGGUGGUUGUGGUGAAGUCCGGACUGUUGAGAUCACAGUGUAUGAGUAUUUCACCAAACACUGUGGAAUUGAACUCACAUAUUCUGCAGACAUGCCAUGCCUUGAUGUUGGUAAACCAAAACGUCCUAACUAUUUACCCCUAGAGCUCUGUUCACUUGUUUCACUUCAGCGGUACACAAAAGCGUUAACUACAAAUCAAAGGGCGACCCUGGUUGAAAGAUCCAGGCAAAAGCCUCGGGAAAGAAUUCAAAUUCUGACUGAUGCUUUGAAAAACAACAAAUUCAAUGAGAACCCUGUACUUUCUGCAUGUGAAAUUUCAAUAGGUAGGCAAUUGACAGAAGUUGAGGGUCGGAUCCUGGAGACUCCAAGGUUGAAGGUUGGGAAUCACGAGGAUUGCAUCCCUCGAAAUGGUAGAUGGAACUAUAACAACAAGAGAUUUCUGGAUCCAAAGAAAAUUGAACGUUGGAUUGCUGUCAACUUCUCUGCUCGCUGUGAUCUCAGUCAAAUUUCAAGGGAUUUAAUCAGUUGUGCAAGAAACAAGGGCAUUGAAAUGGAACGUCCGCACACAUUGAUUGAGGAGGAACGGCAUCAAGCUGCUAAAGCUGGCCCUGCUGCUAGAGUGGAAGCAAUGUUUGAUCAGAUUAUAGCAAAGCUUCCUGGCCCCCCUGAGUUCAUUCUUUGUGUCUUGCCAGUGAGAAAAAACUCUGAUAUAUAUGGACCUUGGAAGAAAAAAUGUCUUUGCGAUAUGGGAAUUGCCACACAAUGCAUUAGCCCUGGAAAAAUUAAUGACCAAUACCUCACAAAUGUCCUCCUUAAAAUCAAUUCAAAGCUUGGAGGAAUCAACUCUUUAUUGGAAAUAGAGAAACCUUCAAUCCUCCCAUUGCUGAAGGAUACUCCUACAUUGAUUUUGGGAAUGGAUGUCUCUCAUGGGUCCCCUGGUCGAUCAGAUGUCCCAUCAAUAGCUGCAGUUGUUGGUUCGCUCCAUUGGCCUUUGAUUUCAAGGUACAGAGCAUCUGUGAGAACACAAUCUCCAAAGAUGGAGAUGAUUGAAGCUUUAUAUAAGCCAUCACCAGACGGAAAGGUUGAUGAUGGUAUUAUCAGGGAACUGCUUGUUGAUUUCUAUAAAACGAGCGGUAAUCGCAAACCAAAACAAAUUAUCAUCUUCAGGGAUGGAGUAAGUGAAUCACAGUUUAACCAAGUAUUAAACAUUGAGCUGGAGCAAAUCAUCAAGUCAUAUCAGUUUCUGGGCGAGUCUGAUGUUCCCAAGUUCACAGUAGUCGUUGCUCAGAAGAAUCAUCAUACAAAAUUAUUCCAAGCUAAUGCCCCUGAAAAUGUUCCACCAGGGACAGUAGUGGACACAAAAAUUGUGCAUCCGAGAAACUAUGAUUUCUACAUGUCUGCUCAUGCAGGGAUGAUCGGAACAUCUAGGCCAGCUCAUUAUCAUGUCUUGCUUGAUGAGAUAGGUUUCUCUCCUAAUGACCUGCAGAAUCUUAUCCACUGUCUUUCCUAUGUAUACCAAAGGAGCACAGCAGCAGUCUCAAUAGUGGCUCCUAUUUGUUAUGCUCACCUUGCGGCAUAUCAGAUGGGCCAAUUUUUGAAGCUGGAUGAACUUUCAGAAACAUCUUCAGGAAACGUAACAUCCACAGGAAGUAUCCUUGUGCCAGACCUUCCGAGGCUGAAAAAGAAUGUGGCAAGUACAAUGUUCUUCUGUUGAGGGGAUCACCCAUUUCAGUAAAUACAUGCUAGGCUAACUGUAGAUAGUUUGGGUAGGCUAGGGGUAUACAAAGCAUACAACUCCAGGCUUUUGCUUUUGUGAUUGAUUAUUGAGGCUGGCUGGCUUUAACAAGCAAAAGUUUUUGUUUAAACCAUGACUAGGUUAUGUUGAGGGGUUAGGAGCCAUUAUAAGAAAAGCUUAGGUGUAUCUUAUAUUUGUUUCAUAUUUUACUUUAGUCAAAAUCCUGCUAUUGCUCAGAAGCUUCAUUCAGAUAGAAAAAGCUUUUUUUCCGUUUCUUCUA